CGCUCCCCCUGCGGAUCUCCAAUUCUUAUGGCGUCCGCGCUGUUUUUUUCCUCCAUCUUUUCAUUUUGCCACCUGAAAGCUACAACAAGGAGCGCGCUCUCUCUCUCUCUCUCUCAUCAGCCAGUUUCGAGAAAAGUAAUAAAAGAAUGGCCGAAAAUGAUUCACACUCCAAGUUCCUCGCCAUUGCAGUAGAAGCUGCGAAGAAAGCUGGAGAGCUUAUCCGUAAAGGAUUCUACCAAACCAAGCAUGUGGAGCAUAAGGGCCAGGUUGACUUGGUCACGGAAACUGAUAAGGCAUGUGAAGAUCUAAUAUUCAAUCAUCUUAAGCAGUAUUUCCCUAGCCAUCAGUUUAUUGGCGAGGAAACCACUGCUGCUUGUGGCAUUACGGAGCUGACAGACGAACCGACGUGGAUAGUUGAUCCUCUUGAUGGGACAACUAACUUUGUGCAUGGGUUCCCGUUUGUUUGUGUCUCCAUCGGUCUAACAAUAGGAAAAAUCCCCACAAUUGGUGUUGUUUACAACCCAAUCAUGGAUGAGCUUUUCACUGGAAUCCAUGGGAAAGGUGCUUUUUUGAACGGAAACCCCAUUAAAGUGUCUUCUCAGACUGUACUGAUGAAGUCCCUCCUUGCUACAGAGGCUGGGACUAAACGUGACAAGUCGACGAUGGAUGCAACUACAAACAGAAUCAAUAGCUUACUUUUCAAGGUGAGAUCUCUUCGAAUGAGUGGCUCUUGUGCAUUGAACUUAUGUGGAAUUGCAUGUGGAAGACUUGACCUAUUCUAUGAAACUGGCUUUGGGGGCCCUUGGGACGUGGCAGGUGGGGCUGUGAUUGUUAAAGAAGCUGGAGGUGUUCUGUUUGAUCCAUCUGGCAAGGAAUUUGACAUCACAGCUCAGCGAGUUGCAGCUUCAAAUCCACUUCUUAAGGAUGCAUUUAUCGAAGCAUUGCACCAAUCCGAGUGAAAGUCUAUGAAAACUGAAAGCCUCAUUUAGGAAAGGGUACAGAUUCCAUCAAAAUGGUUUUCUGAAAUAAGAGUUACUGAGAGGAUUACCAGGCGAUUCUAAUGAUUGUUCAUUGGCCCGGGGACUUCAACCAGUGCCAAAUUAUCUGUUAAAAACCCAAUUGAUCUGACAAAUUCAUAGCUAAUAAUAGCAAUAUAAGUUUGUGGUAUUUUGAACCA